UCGCCAUGGCCUCCGCUGGUCUGCAGAUCCUGGGCAUCAUCCUGACACUGCUCGGCUGGGUGAACGCCCUGGUGUCCUGCGCGCUGCCCCUGUGGAAGGUGACCGCCUUCAUCGGCAACAGCAUCGUGGUGGCCCAGGUGGUGUGGGAGGGGCUGUGGAUGUCGUGCGUGGUGCAGAGCACGGGCCAGAUGCAGUGCAAGGUGUACGACUCGCUGCUGGCGCUGCCGCAGGACCUGCAGGCCGCCCGCGCGCUCUGCGUGGUCGCCCUGCUGCUGGCGCUGCUCGGCCUGCUGGUCUACCUGGCCGGCGCCAAGUGCACCACCUGCGUGGAGGACGAGGGCGCCAAGGCCCGGCUGGUGCUCGCCUCUGGGAUCGUCUUUGUCAUCGCGGGGGUCCUGACCCUCAUCCCCGUCUGCUGGACGGCCCACACCAUCAUCCGGGACUUCUACAACCCCCUGGUGGCCGAGGCCCAGAAGCGCGAGCUGGGCGCCUCCCUCUACCUGGGCUGGGCGGCCUCCGGCCUUCUGCUGCUCGGGGGCGGGCUGCUGUGCUGCACCUGCCCGUCGGGGGGCGCCCGCGGCUCCAGCCGCUACCUGGCCCGCUACUCCGCCUCCGCCCCGCGCGCCUCCCAGGGGCCAUCGGAGUACCCCACCAAAAAUUACGUCUGAUUUGGAAGAGAGUGGGGGGCCCACUG